AUCAAAUGAAAUCCGAGUUACAGGAGCAAAAGCAACAGGAUCGUCUACUUCGAGAAUUACACUUAAAACGCGUUCAAUCAUUAAGGAAAGAAUUGGAUUACAUUAAGGCAACAGAGUGGAGAUACCAGUCAAUUGAUCGGUACAUGGAUAGAUAUAAUAGAAAUUAAAUAUGUUUUCAUUUAUAUGUACCCUUAUAAAGUAUGCUAUAGGACAUAGGUCAUCCAUUAAAGACGAAUCAGAUGAAGAAAUAAACAAUGUUAUAGCUCGCAUUGAAAGUGUGUGUAGAAAAGAAAUAAAAGAAGAUGAAAGUUUUAAUACGGAUGCAAGUUAUUACAAAACAGGAAAUAUUAGUUUUAUUGCUACAGAUUACAUAGUAGUUGAUGACUUUUAUGUUUAUGAUAUAAAAAACACUUCAAUAAGUAACUUAAAAGUAGGUGAUAAAGUUUCUUAUUUGCUCUCACCAGAACAAGACAAUCUAGAAAAACAACACAAAAUAAAAAAGAUUUUUGUAUUAAAUGAAUCAUGGGAUAAUGAAGUAGAACAUUCUGAGAUUGAUAAUACCAAACCAGAAACAUUAACAAGAUGUGUAAUUGGAAAAGUUAUACAACGUAAGAAUCGACUAUUAGUUGUAGAACCUGACAACAUUACUGUUGACUUAAAUAAAGUACAAUCUGAUUUUAUUCCUGUAAUUGGAGACUGGUUACAAUUAGAGUCAGAAGUAGAAAUCGAUGAAAUUUCUUACAAUUUAAAUGGAGAAAUUUUAGAAAUAAAAAGAAUACAACCCCUACGAUCAAAGUUAAAUAUUGGAACUGUAACUAGUUUUGAUCCAACUAAAGGAGUUGGUGUUAUUGAAAAGGAUGUUAUAUUUAAUAAAAAUAUAUGUGAAUCUGGUUACAUUCCUUGUGUUGGUGAUAAAGUAAUAAGUGAUAGUAUUGAGAGUGAUCAAGGACUUUAUACAUGGAGGUCAUUGACUGUGGUUCCAGUAUUUCAGGUCUCUAAAGAAGCUAAUUUACCAACAUUAAAUAAUACUUCAUAUAAAUUAAAAAAGGAUUUAAAUGAACUUAUAAAAAAUAAAUGCGGUAUUGUUAUAAGUGAUAAUAUAAAUAUUGAUUUAAAUGUACGAGAGGAAAAAAAUUUAACAAUUACUAUAGAAAAUGUAGGUAAUACUACUCAUGUAUUGCGUAAAGGUUGUUUCAUGAUAAAAAAAAGCCAGUCUCAACUAAUAUUAAUUCAACCAAUUACUCCUAAUACAGUUUCAGUAUUAAAUCCUUCUGAUAAAUUAACUUAUAUAUUUAAAUGUACAGCAAAAUUUAUUGGUACAAGCAAAGAAUUAUUUAUCUUUAAGUUCAAAGAUUUUGAAAUUGGACGAUUUUUUAACAUUACUGUUAAACCUAAAACUAUACAAAACAAGUCAAAUUCUAAAAGUAGUAGUUCUAAAACUAAUUAUGUACCACGCCAAGAUGAAUGGAAUGAAGCUACAUACAUUCCAGGUAUUCGUCCAUGUAAACCACCAUCAUUUAUUAAAGUGCGAAACGUAAUAUACAAAGUUCCUAAGCUUUAUUGGGAUGUAAUAUCAAAGUGCAUAAAUGAAAGAAAAUCACAAACUGAGUGUAAAUAUGAUAUAGAAAAUGCUAUACCUUGUUUGUCAAAUAGACUUUCUUUUCAAUCAUAUAGAGAUCGGUUUCAUGCUUUAUUAUAUCUGGAAGAAAUUGCUCAAACAAUAAAUAUGCAACAAUACAAUAUAAGUAGCACAGUAAUGAGACACUGUGGAGAAUAUUUGGUUAUGGAAGUGCCAGGGCUUGCAGAGAAACGUCCUUCUCUUCUUGUUGGUGAUAGGGCUAUAGUAUCUUUCAAGUGGGAUAGUUCUCAAGGAAAAUUAAAAUAUGAAGGAUUUAUUCACAAAGUUACAAAUUUGGAAAUUUUUUUGAAAUUCAAUUGCAAAUUUCAUCAAGAAUAUAAUUAUGAAGAUUGUCAAGUAACAUUUAAAUGUUCACGAUCAGCCAUACAACGUUGUCAUAAUGCAAUUGAUAUGGCUACAAAUCGUCUUGGUCAGAACUUUUUGUUUCCCACUCAUGUAAUUGAAAAAGAAUCUCAAUUAGAUCUUGAAGAACUUGAAGCAAAAGAUAAGUCAAUUUCUAAGUUACUAACUCGUCCGCGGACUGAUUCUGUAUCAUCAGAAUCUUCUUCCACUAGUACUACAUCUACAAGUAAUAAAUCUAAUAAUAUGUCAAAAUCAUUUAUAAAAAUGUCAGUUGUACAACGAUUAUUUAAUGUUGAACCUAUUGAACAAAAUAGAGAAAUUACAAUAGAAUCUGAUGUAAAAGACAAACAAUGUAUUGAAACAAAGAGUGAAGUAAAUGUUACGAAAAAUUCAGUAAAUACAGCAAUACAAAAUUCAAAAGAGACAUCAAUUUCUUCCUAUAGUAGUGAAUUACAACCAGUUAUUUCACAAAUACGAAAACGAAAGUUACUUUGGUUUAAUAAAAAUUUGAAUCAUUAUCAAAAAGAAGCUGUAAGAAACAUUUUAAAAGGACAUGCACGACCAUUACCUUAUGUAAUAUUUGGACCACCUGGUACAGGAAAAACCAUUACUCUUUGUGAAACAAUUCUGCAAAUUUUAUCAACUAUACCUGAAAGUCGAUUAUUAGUUGCAACACCAUCUAAUAGUUCAGCAACUCUUAUAGCAGAAAGACUUCUAGAUAGUGGUAUACUUAAACCUGGUGAUAUGGUACGACUCAUAGCUUAUCAUUGUUUGGGUAGUGAUUCUAUACCUAGUAAAUUAUUGCCAUAUUGUGCUACUGCAGAAUUAGCAGAUGAAACAACAAUUGAAACACCAAAGUAUAAUGAAGUAGGACUAAAAUUAAAUUGUACUAUGAGUAUACUUGGACGUCAUAGAAUUACUAUUGGUACCUGUACUGCAUUAGGAAUAUUAAAUAACAUGGGAUUUCCUCAUGGACAUUUUUCACAUAUAUUAGUUGAUGAGGCUGGUCAAGCAACAGAACCAGAAAUUAUGAUUCCACUUAGUUUUAUUCGUUGUGACUAUGGGCAAGUAAUUCUUGCAGGCGAUCCACUACAACUUGGCCCAGUUGUACAAAGUGAAAUAGCGAAGAAUUUUGGUUUAAACGAAUCAUUUUUAUCACGAUUGCUACGUCAUUUUCCUUACCAGAAAGAUCCUAAUGGCUUUGAAACAUGUUACGAUCCUCGACUUGUUACAAAGCUUGUUAUAAAUUAUAGAAGUUUACCAGAAAUACUAGAAUUAUCAAGUUCAUUAUUUUAUGAUUCUGAAUUAAAAGCACAGAUAUCUUCUAAAACAAGCAAAGAAGCCAGACUUUUACAAAUAUUAGCUGCUGAAUUGCCAAAGAGAAAGGAUACACCACCAGCUAUAAUUUUUCAUGGUGUAAAUGGCGAAAAUUGUAAAGAUGAUGACAAUCCAAGCUGGUAUAAUCCUGAAGAAGCAACUCAAGUAUAUCUUUAUCUACUAAAGUUAUAUAAAUGCGGUAUUUCACCUGACGAUAUUGGAAUUAUAACUCCUUAUCAAAAACAGGUUCUUCAAAUUCGUGAAUUACUCAUGGAAUUAGAUGUGGAAUUACCAAAAGUUAGUAGUGUUGAAGGAUUUCAAGGUCAAGAGCGUAAUAUUAUCAUCAUUUCAACUGUGCGCUCUUCAAUUAAUUUUAUAAAGGAAGAUAUUAAACACUCUCUUGGAUUUGUUGCAUGUCCUCGAAGACUUAAUGUUGCAAUUACACGAGGUCGUGCUUUGGUUAUCAUUUUAGGAAAUCCUAUACUUUUAGCCCACGAUCCUUAUUGGAGGAGUGUUUUAAUAUAUUGCAUCAAUCAUGAUUCUUAUACUGGUUGCAGUUUUGGCUUUCCCGAAGAUAUAGAACAUUCUUGGAUAGAAACAAAUGAUUAGCUACUGAUGAAAUUAGCAACUUAUUAUUCAUGACAAUAUUCAUUAAUAUCGACUUUUAAUUUACCGAAAUAUCUGUUAUUCAAUCAUAAAAUUACAUUUUCUCUAACAUACAGUAUUUUAUGUCCAUACAUGUUUUUACGAAGAAAUAAACGAUACUGUUAAUAUUAUUAGAAUAUGUAUGUUGAAAACUAUAUUAUUUUCGUAUAAAUUAAUGGAAAUUUUUAAUGUAAAAUACCUAUCUCUAACAUUAAAAUUUUUUAAAAUGAUAAAUUUAUAUUUUUUAAC